UGAGUGAUCGCCACGAAGAGGGGAGGAAUGCCAUCAAUGCACCACUGCUUCCUGCAGGAACAGAAAUCCAUCCAGAAGACACUUUGCUGGAGGAGAAUGCUGAACGGAUGAUGAUGGACCCCACUUCUCGGGAAAACCUUAAAUUUAAAGAUCUUUUAAAGGUUCUGGUUGACUGGAUCAACAGUGAGCUGGAGGAGGAGAGGAUCAUUGUGAAGGACCUAGAGGAGGACUGUUAUGAUGGACAGGUGCUUCAGAAGCUGUUUGAGAAGCUGUCGGGCCGGAAGCUAAACGUAGCCGAGGUCACUCAGUCUGAGAUCGGACAGAAGCAGAAGCUUCAGACGGUUUUGGAGGCGGUCAACCAUCUGCUGAGGCCUCACGGCUGGACCGUUGAGUGGAGUGUGGACUCCAUCCACUCCAAGAACCUGGUGGCCAUUGUUUACCUGCUGGUUGCUCUCGCCAUGCACUUUCAGGCCCCCAUCAGAUUACCUGAGCACGUCUCUGUCCAGGUGGUGGUGGUCAAGAAGAGAGAAGGGAUGCUGCAGACGGCUGUAGUUACCAAAGAGCUGACGAGCACUACAGAAAUGAUGCUGGGACGAUUCGAGAGGGACGCGUUUGACACUUUAUUGGAUCAUGCUCCUGACAAGCUCAAUGUUGUCAAAUCGUCACUUAUCACCUUUGUGAACAAACACCUGAACAAACUGAACUUGGAGGUUACUGAGCUGGAAUCUCAGUUUGCAGAUGGAGUUUACUUGAUUUUACUGAUGGGGCUGCUGGAAGAUUAUUUUGUCCCUCUGUACAACUUUUUCCUGACCCCUGAGAGCUUUGAGCAGAAGGUUCAUAAUGUAGCAUUUGCCUUUGAACUGAUGCAGGAUGGAGGCCUGAAAAAACCCAAAGCAAGACCAGAAGAUGUUGUGAACCUGAACCUGAAGUCCACCCUCAGAGUCCUUUACAAUCUGUUCACUAACUACAAAAACUCGGACUGAAGGUUGAAGUUUCAGCUCUGACAUCUGAGCGCUGCUCUGUGCCUGCUGACAUCAUUACAGUCUGGACCCCGAACGAGACCACCUGGGACUGAAACGCAUCAUUAUGUGCAGCCUAAAAAGACCCCCGGGGUGGGGGAGCGGUGCAGGAGGGAGCCUGAAUAAUGCUCCGAAUGUUGGCCUUUAAUCAUCUCCAAAUGUCAGUUUUUAUUUAUUCCAUCCUCCAAAGUUAUCUGCGAUGCAAGAAGCACAACGACCUUUAGCUUUGCAUUUGAAAACAGCCGCAAUGGGAAAAUCAGAAAGUUAGAAAAUCUUUGCGUGUCUAACAAUCUAAUUGCCCUCAUUGCAAAAAAUAUGAGAAAGUUGACAAAACUAAAAAAAAAUCAUGAUCUCCUAAUCCAUUUUUGGUCAAUUUUAGACCAAAAAAAUCCUUUGGACAAAUGCUUUCUUUGUUGUAAAAAAUAAAAGCAACGUUUGAUAACCACUUUAACGUUUUGCAGAUUCAGAUGCUGGUUAGGUCUUCUUGUCACAUUUUGUGUUGAACCAAAAAUACAAAAAAUGAAAUAAAACCAGUUUUAAUUUUC